GGAGCGACGGGUCUCGGGCCCCCAGGCGGAGCGGCGGGCGCCGGACCCCCAGGCGGAGCGACGGGUCUCGGGCCCCCAGGCGGAGCGACAGGCACCGAGUCACCAGGCACGACAGUGGGCUCCGAGUCAACUGGCAUGACCGCUGGCACUGGGUCAGACAUUGGAUCAUCUGGCUGGACAGCGGGCAUCGGGUCACCAGGCAUCAGGUCAUUCGGCUCGACAGCGGGAACCGCGUCAUCUGGCAAGGCAGUGGGCACCAAGUCACCAGGCACGACAGUGGGCUCUGUGUCAAUUGGCACGACAGCGGGCACCGGGCUGGGUACAGGCAUCAGGCUGGGUAGAGACAUCAUCAGGCUGGGUACAGACAUCAGGCUGGGUACAGACAUCAGGCUGGGUACAGACAUCAGGCUGAAGUGCGGGUGCCGA